AUGGCGGCAGAUGCUCCAAACUUCAUUAGUGCAAUGCACGAUUUCGACACUCAGCAGAAGCUUCGACUCUCCCCUUCCGUUGCUGCUUUUCACGAAGCAUUCCGAGUAAAAAAUAAAGACAUCAUGGGUCGUGAUCCCAAAGCACCGGUAAACCUUUUGGAUCUGGAACUUCCGGAGGGUUAUAGAUGGUCUGGAUAUUGGGAGGUCAAGUUCCGGCAUCCGAAGGGUGUUGACCCUGCUGGCUGGCGUUAUGCUCUGUUCUUUGAAUCUCCCGACCAUCAGCCAGCGUUGUUUAAGAAAACCCGAACUCCUAAUUGUAUGGUGCGUCGCCGAACGUGGACUCGGAUGGUCAAGCUGGAAAACGAUGAAACCUCCACCGAGGCAUCACCAUUGGCCAUUUCUAGGCAGACCAAUGAGACAGCAGUUGAAUUGUAUUUGAAAGAAAAGCAAGAUGAAAUGAUAUUUACGGAGAGGAUCAAGAAAGACCGCCAAGAAGCACUCGAAUGUGGAAAAGAAUGGUCUCAAGAGGAGGAAAUUGCGGCUGGGGAGGCGCUGCGUUCAUUCAUUCGGAAAUCUCGCUCUCAACUCCAAAAAGAUGCCUACUCUCGGCUCAUAAAUACGAGUUUGGAUAACCCGUUUCAGGAGGUCUCCACCGCCACAGACACGCAGCCCUACGAUAGCUGUGCUGAACCUCUUAAAUAUUUGAUUGAACCCAACGCGAGCGGUAUGGAGAUCAUGCUUCCAGGACAGUCUCACGAUUUGGUGGGAAGGCGUAGUGAGAAUGACAUCUCUAACCCCCAUAACGAAAUGAGUACUACACAAUCCGUACGGGGACCAUCAAAUCUUAGACCUGACGGUGCCGAUAUGGUGAGCGGUAUUUUGUCCUUCACACACGACGAAUCUGUCUUUCAGGGAGAUGUGGAUGGGGGUAGUGGGCAACUGCCAGGUUGUAAGAUUCCGAUAGAGGUGCCAACCGCCACGGUUAGUGCCUUUGUGCUUGCAUCUCCGACUGAGAAAGACUCCCAGAGCUACAACUCACCUCAUGUGAUUGAAGGCACUGAGGACUUCGACCACGUCUUCUCGAAGUUCGUCAAUAACCCUGAGAACAAUUACUAG